UGUAGAUAGAUUGCUAGCGAGGAUUACGAUAUCAAUGACUUUAUUUAAACAAACAUGAUAAAUAUGUCGUAAGAAGGAACGAGGGAUACAAGUUUUCCCGCCAUUUUAAGACGUUACCGGGACCGAUGUUCUUUAGUACCGGAAUUCCAAGUCGAUGCGAGCCACGGUAAUGGUCUUCCGUCGCGUGAUUCGCCAUCCUGGUUUAACCUGAUCGCCGCUUUCAAAAACUAAUCGUCCCGAUGAGGUGACGGGGUGUUGAGGACGCGAAUCGAAAGAACUCUCGGAUUUUCGUGUAAAGCAGCCUGUUCCGCGCGUAAACAUGUGUCCUUUCUGUUCUUAAUGAGUAUAUUUACCGUGCGUGAAAAUGGCCCAGGAGACUGACGAUAUCAACUUGACUCCUCAAGAAUUACAGAUACUAUCGGAGUUAGACAGGUGAUUUUGAAUCGGCAGUUUGGAUUUCUCAAAUUAAAUUCACCAGAGCAAUCGAAGAAGAAAGCUUUAGUUGUUCGUGCAAUUAAAUAUCUAGAAAGGAUGUUGGUUCAAGCACAAGCUGAAAAACAACGUAGAAAAGCAGACAGUACAAAAAUGAAUCUCGACGAGUUAAAGGACGACGACGAUGACAAAGGAAUUAGUAUAGAUCCUAAAACAUAUUGUAAGCUGGGACAUUUCCAUUUACUUUUAGAAGAUUAUAGUAAAGCUAUGUCGGCGUAUCAAAAAUUUUAUUCUCUCAAAGGGGACUAUUGGAAAGAUGCCUCCUUUCUGUAUGGGCAAGGACUCGUUUAUUACCAUUUCAACGCUUUUCAAUGGGCCGUGAAAGCAUUCCAGCAGGUGCUAUGGGUGGAGCCAGGAUUUCCACGAGCCUGCGAGGUUCACCUACGGCUCGGCUUGAUGCUGAAGGUCCACGCUGACUUCGACGCCGCCCUGAAGCACCUGACGCUCGCUCUGAUCGAUGCCACGACACCUGCUUCCUUUUCCAAGCUCGAGAUCAAGUUUCACAUAGCCCACCUGUACGAAGUUCAAGGAAAGUAUCGCCUGGCCAAGGAGAAUUACGAGGCGCUGCUUAAGGAGAAAGCUCUGCCCUCUCAUUUGAAGGCUGACAUUUGCCGCCAGUUAGGAUGGAUGUACCACGUUGUUGACUGUACCGUGCUGGGUAUAACGAGACAGCAGAAGCAGGCGAUCGCUAUUCACUGCCUGCAAAAGUCCAUCGAGGCGGAACCGAAGAGCGGGCAAAGCCUUUACCUGCUGGGCCGUUGCCUCGCCGCUUCUGGAAAAGUUCACGAUGCAUUUAUCGCUUACAGAAAUUCCGUGGAAAAGUCCGAAGGGAAUGCCGACACGUGGUGCAGCAUAGGCGUUCUGUACCAGCAGCAGAAUCAGCCUAUGGACGCGCUGCAAGCCUAUAUAUGCGCGGUACAAUUAGAAAAAUCCCACUCGGCUGCGUGGACUAAUCUGGGCAUUUUGUACGAAAGCGUUAGCCAACCUAAAGACGCCCUGGCUUGUUACGUGAACGCGUCCAGGGGUAACAACAAUACUCCAAAUUGCACGGGUUCACUGGCGGGCCUGGGUGGCGCCAAGUCUGGUGGCAACACCCCGAUGAACCCAUCUCUCCAACAGAGGAUAAACUUCCUGCAGAGUCACCUGAGCCAAGCACCGAUGCCUUCCGUCGCUACCAAGAGGCGGCAGUUGCCGUCUAUAGAGGAGGCUUGGAAUUUGCCCAUCAGCGCUGAGAUGUCUAGUAGGCAGCAGCAGCAGCAACAACCACCCACCGGACCAGGCUACAAGUAUGGUACUACGCCUUCUGGACCGCCACCCCCUUAUCCCCAGGGACAGGGACAAAAUCUCAACACGAAAAGAUUCAAGCCAGGGGAAGAACCAAUCUCUCCAAGCACGCAACAAAGGCCACCGCCAUUUUACUUGUCGUCCCAGCAGCUCCAGAUGCUGCAGUUUCUCCAACAGAAUCAUGGAAGUCUGACGCCUCAACAGCAGGGACUGCUUGCCCAGUUACAGCACCAGUAUAGGUCAAUGCAACAGCAUCAGCAGCAGAUCAGGUUGCAACAACAGCAAGCUACGCAGAGAGGCCUGAGGCCUGGACAACCUGGCUAUCCGACUGGAUACAAUCACGCGCAGCUGGGGCAGCCCGGUGUCAUUAAAAACUAUGGGAUACCCCAACAACCGUUGCAGCAAGGUGGAACCGUGGCGUUGCAAACAGGCUUCUCAGACUCCAACGUUGGCUACAACACAGCCGCAACUGGGAACAGCCAGACGCCAGGAAUGCCUUACAAGUCUGCCUCCGAUUCGAGUUUUUCACAGAGGCAACUGGCGUCCGGCCAGUACAACCAAUACCAGCCUAAUCAGUACAGCGCCCAAGGUUACACUCAGAUAUCAUCGACCACCAGCAACUACCCGGAAGGUUCCGCGGGGAACAAAGAUCUAGGAGUGACGGAUCAAGAACUGCAAGCUCUUUUGUCGCAGAAGGACAUCGCGACGACAUUGGCGGAAGACCUACUGAAACACUUUGGCUCCGAAGAUUUGGACGUGAAGGAGGAAGCGCCAAGUAUCAUGAACAAUGGCACCCUGAGCUCUGGUCCGUUCUCGCCGUCGAACUUGGAGGAAAGUAACGAGAAAAUCAAAGAGGUGAAGCUGGAGAAGAUGGACGAUAGCCAACCGUCGUCCACGUCGAAGCUGGAGACGUACGAGAAGACGAAGACUCCGACCCAGACGGUAGAGACGGUAAAAUGCGAGGCGACGUCGAGUACAAAUAAAAGUGAACCGACCGCUCGAAUCGAGCCGGUUCUCAAAUUGGAAAGCUUGUGCGAAUCGCAGCCCGAUCAAGAGCUCAGCAUAGAGAUGGAGUCUAAAUGCGUGAUCGAUGCGUGCAAGGGUCAAGGGUUGAAAGGUGUACCGAACUGCUCGAUACUUAGCGAUCGUUCGCCACCCCCAGCACCGCCUGAUCCACCCAGCCAGAGGCUAACCAAGGAACAACUCUUACCUCCGACACCUAGCGUUUACUUAGAGAACAAGAAGGACGCGUUUAGUCCACAGCUCCAAGAGUUCUGUUUGAAGCACCCGAUAGCUGUGAUCCGAGGUCUUGCAGCCGCUCUAAAGCUAGACCUUGGCCUGUUCUCGACGAAGACGCUGGUGGAGGCCAAUCCCGACCACGGGAUCGAAGUCAGGACGCAAAUGCAGCAAACCAGUGACGAGAACUGGGACCCUGUGAUGGGGAGGAAAGUUUGGGGAUGCAUAAGUCAUAGGAGUCACACGACCAUUGCGAAAUACGCGCAAUACCAGGCAUCGAGCUUUCAGGAAAGCUUGAAAGAGGAGAGGGAAAAGGCUCAAGGUAUACAUACUUCAAAUUUAUCCGAUUCAGAUUCCAAGGACAGCACUGGUGCUGUCAGGAGGAAGAAAAACGCGUUCGGUUUGGCGGGGAGACCGGGUUCAAAGAUGCUGCGAUUUGGGACCAAUGUAGAUUUAUCGGACGAAAGGAAAUGGAAACCGCAGCUUCAAGAGCUGAUGAAACUGCCAGCGUUCGCCAGAGUUGUUUCGGCUGGGAAUAUGCUCAGUCACGUUGGCCAUGUUAUUUUAGGCAUGAAUACUGUUCAGCUGUACAUGAAGGUACCCGGUAGCAGGACACCUGGACACCAAGAGAACAACAACUUUUGUUCCAUUAAUAUCAACAUCGGGCCUGGAGAUUGCGAAUGGUUUGCAGUACCUGACGCAUACUGGGGCGUAAUUUGUACUCUUUGCGAGCGGAAUAACAUCAAUUACCUUCAUGGUAGUUGGUGGCCUUCUUUAGAAGACUUGUACGAGGAAAAUAUUCCUGUGUACAGGUUUCUACAAAGGCCAGGCGAUCUUGUCUGGGUCAAUGCAGGUUGCGUACAUUGGGUUCAAGCCGUUGGCUGGUGUAAUAACAUCGCAUGGAACGUAGGUCCUUUGACAGCUCGUCAAUACCAAUUGGCAAUCGAACGUUACGAGUGGAACAAGUUGCAGUCGUUCAAAUCCAUUGUACCGAUGGUACACUUAUCCUGGAAUUUAGCUCGAAAUAUCAAAGUGUCGGAUCCUAGACUAUUCGAACUAAUUAAAAAUUGUCUGCUAAGGACAAUGAGGCAGUGCUGCUUAAUACUAGAAUUUGUGAAAAGUAAGGGCGUAGAAGUUCGAUUCCAUGGACGAGGAAAGAACGAAGCGUCACAUUAUUGUGGACAAUGCGAGAUUGAAGUGUUCAAUAUCUUGUUCAUAAGGGAGCAAGAGAAACGACACGUAGUACACUGCAUGGAUUGUGCACGAAAGCAAUCUCCAUCCCUCGAAGGAUUCGUAUGCCUAGAAGAAUACAGAAUGCGCGAUUUAAUGGACGUUUACGAUGGAUUUACUCUGCACACGUCCCUAACCACUCCCUCGUCGGCUCAGUCUAGCCAGUCCUCCUGAGGAUACAUGCAACACAGAUAUUUGGACUUCUUGGGCACUCUGCAGUGACUUUGUUAGUUCAGUGUCUGUGUUCGAAAAAGGAACUUUACGAUAAGCAUUAUUCAGGUACCUGAGAGCUACUAUAAAAAAAAAAAUGGGGAGGGGGAGAGUGAGAGAGAGAGAAAAGAAAGCAAAUGAGGUUAGGAAAUUUGCUGCGUUGAACCAUUUCCAUGACUAAUUUUUUAAGACACGCACAAUAUUCGAUAUAGUCACUGGAGCAAUCGAAAGUUUUUCAACAUCCUGACAAUUAGUUAGCACUAUUUGUACAAACGGUUUAGAUUAAUGGCCCAUACUCGUAUAAUUUCGAACUCGCGCGAUACGUGUAAAAAAAGAAAAUUAUUUCUAGCUCUUGGGUAUGUAAAGUCGAAAGUUAAGGAAAUAAAAGAAACGAGAGAAGACUGCGUUAUGCUUGUAAAUCCUUUAAUGGCAUCGCCGUGCGUAAGCUUCGCGACAAGACACGCCGGGACACGUAAAUUAUCAUCGAACGCGUUUCUUAUCAGCGUCGUGUCAGAGUAAAGAACUGCGAAAACUAGCAUUUAGGCGUACGGUAAUAUUCGUUUCUUCGUUGCUAUCGUUUUCUUCGAUCGCGUGUCUCAAAAUUUUCAUCGAAUCGCGAUCCCAAAAAAAUAUAAAAAACAAAGUGGAAAUGGAAAUGAAAAAAAAUACGUAAAAGAAGUUCAUCGCGCGCGAGAAAAUUCACGGAAAUGUUCACUGCCAAUUACGAAUAUGUUAAAGGAUUACAUUUAGUCCAAAGUGAUGAAGGAGGGGAUAAGCUGUCGUUAACUAUUAUUACGGAUUAGAGUACGGUUGUAAAGUAUUGCGAAGCUGCUCAAAACAUACUUGUACAUUUUUGUAAACAAGCGGAUCGAGACGAUCAUUGAUUUCUUAUGGAAGUGGCGAGGAUAUUAAACAUGGUUACGAAUGUCUUACUGCCAGUGACAUUGAAUUGCUCAAGCAGCAAGGUGGUGUUCUCAUAUCAAGCUUGAGUCCUUUUGGAACGAUUAUUAUCAUUACGCUUUUCUACCAUUUCGUGGAUGACAGAACAGGAAAAGGAUACAAGCUGUACAGUGGUGGCAUUCGCGACAAAUAUCUCCCCACAGAAUUAAUCAAUUAUUGUGUCAUUGCGGCUCUAACAUAUUUGUAUAGUAAAACGUAUGGUUUGUAUAGCAAUUACUAAGGUAUAACUUCCGUGUUUAGAACGAAAGAAGGGAGACACGUGCUGCGAACAGCUUAUAGAACGGCGUUUCUCAAUUUAUAGUAUCGUGAUCAUUCGUCGCAAACGAGGAAGAAGAAACGCGAACUCGGUAUCAGAAUUUAGAAAUCAUGUAUAGAUUUACUUUUAAUCUUUGCGAAUCGCGAAAUGAUUUAAGGAGAGGGAGAUAUUUAUUAAUUCCGAAUGAAUUCGUAUCAAUCAAUUUUAAUUGAUCUAUACAACUUAUGUAACUAGCAGUGGAGACAUACAAGGAUCGUCAAACCCGGAUCAUUUAUUUAAAAUACUAUUUAUCUUAAUUCGAUCGUAGAAUAUUUAGAACAAUUUUAUCGAUUCUAAAGGCGGUGCACGGAAGAUUCAGGAUCAACGUCUGUCUAAAGGGGAAAAAUUGGGAAACGCUGAUGUAUAAUUGUCGUGACAGCGAAGUAAAUCUUAAGGCAAAGAAAUAUAAAAAAAAAUAUAUAUAUAUAUAUAUAUAUA